AGUUUUUUUGUUUUUUUUAAGUGACAAAAUUAAGACAUAAAAUUAAUAAAAAAUAAAAAUUAGAUCUAUAGAUCUAAUUAGAUCUACAAUCUAGAUCUAAAUAUCGAACGAAAAAAAACAAAUCUAUAUAUUAUUCUAGAUCUAAAUCUUGAUCUCAUUGUAGAUUAAUGUAGAUCUAGUAAUUUGAUAACUAGACUCUCUACCUACCAUAGUCGCAUAGUUUGGCAUAGACAUUGACUAUAUAAAUAAUAUAAAUAUAGAUGUACAUAGAUUAGAUUCUAAGGCUAAGUUAAACUGGGCAAAGACCAGCAACGUCAGAGUCUGGAGUCUUUAGUCACUUACUCUAUUAUCGAAGACAAGCCUUAUUAAAGUUAUUAUUAUAAAUUAUAGAUCUAGAGAUUCUAGAUCUAUCUAGAAUAGUCUAAUCAAGUCUAAUGGUGUGCUAGAGCUCGAAGUAACUAGACUAGAUAUAAUCUAGUGACUAGUGAAAAAAAAAUGAUAUUUUUUAAUAUUAAUAAUUUUGAUCUAUUAUUAAUAUUUCUUAUAUUUGGAGACCAAUUUGUUUGUUCUAAUUGCUGUGAACCCGAAACACUCACACGUAAUGGUGAAUGCGGCUAUAGUCCAGAUAAUAAUGAGAUUAAGGAUUGUGGUUGUAAAGUGAACAGAGAAUGUUUAUCGGACAUUCAUAAAAAUGCACACAAACCCUCAACAGAUCUACACAGAAAUGACCUGGAAUUACAUCUAGAACAGGACAAACUUUUGGAAAGUGAAAAAGUGAAAAGCGAGAUUCAAAGAUUAAAUCACAUGGUCUAUAUUCCUGGUGGAACUUUUACAAUGGGUUCAAACAAACCAGUGUUUGUUGCUGAUGGAGAAAUGCCAGCAAGGCAGAUAUCACUGAACUCAUUUUAUUUAGAUAAAUAUGAAGUUAGCAAUGCAGAAUUUGACAAAUUUGUGAAAGACCAGAAUUAUGUAACAGAAGCAGAAAAGUUUGGCAAUUCAUUUGUGAUGGAAAUGUAUAUUAGUGAGGAAACAAAGAAAAAAAUAAAACAAAUGGUUGCAGCAGCUCCUUGGUGGCUUCCUGUUGAGGGGGCUGAUUGGCAACACCCAGAAGGACCUGAUUCUAAUAUAACAAACAGAAUGAAUCAUCCAGUCACCCAUGUUUCCUGGAAUGAUGCUGUUGCCUUCUGCAAAUGGGCAGGCAAAAGAUUGCCAACAGAAGCAGAGUUUGAAUAUGCAUGUAAAGGAGGAAAGUCAGAUAGAUUAUUUCCAUGGGGAAAUAGUUUAAACCCAAAAGGAGAGAACUGGAUGAACAUUUGGCAAGGAAAUUUCCCAACUUUUAACUCUGGAGAGGAUGGCUAUGUGGGAACUUGUCCUGUAACAGCAUUCCCAGAGCAAAAUAAAUUUGGUUUGAAAAAUAUUAUAGGGAAUGUCUGGGAAUGGACAGAAGAUUGGUGGGAGACCAAACACACUACAAAAGAGAAAAAAAAUCCAAAAGGCCCUGAUCAUGGAACAGAUAAAGUUAAGAAAGGAGGAUCCUAUAUGUGUCAUAAGUCCUAUUGUUAUCGUUACCGCUGUGUAGCCAGAAGUCAGAAUACACCUGACAGCUCUGCAGCAAACUUAGGAUUUCGUUGUGCCAAGGACUUGCAGCAAGAUUAUUUACAAAAAGAGGAAUUGUAACAGCUAAGAAUAAUUAUUGUUGCUGAAAGUGUUAUAUUAAUUUAAUUCUAUUACAAUUUUUAAAAAAUCAACCUAUAUAGGUUGUAGAAUAUGGAGAUAAUAAUGUUUUUACAUUUUGUUAUUAUAUCAUCAUCAUAGUGUUGUGGUAGUUCACAUAAUCAAAUCCCUCCACUUUUAUAUGUAAUUUCAAAUGAAUUAUUUUUAAUCUUUUUGUUAUAAUUUUAUUCUUAUCUAAAAAAACAACAACUGCAUCUUAAACAAACAGAACAAAGUUGACUUUUAUCAAAAAAAUAUAACCUCUAGUAAGAAAACUUAGUUAAAAAAUGGAUUUGAUCCAUCCUCUAGCAUUUUUUAAUUGCUUAUUCUUUCCCAAUAGCUAGUCAGAAUAUUAUUUAACUUUAUUACAAUAAUUAUAAUGCUGCUAUCAAAUUGAUUGAAAUAUUUUCUUUAAAAUGGUAGCUCAUUGCAUUAAGGAUUAAUAUUUAUGAUUUGAAUAAAAUUAAACUUUGGGAUGACUUAUUAACAUAUCUUUUUUUUUCUGUUCAAAUCUUUAAAUUGUAAUGAUCUAUGGUGCAUUAUAUUAGGUUUUCUCAAAAACCUUUAAUAAAUACAACAAUGAUUUGACAAUUUGCUUCAACAUAAAAUAAACUUAGUCCUGUCUCUUUAUCACUGAAUUCAUCUAACUUUUAUCAGCUGUUCGCCCUCUUUUAUACACUUAUCUGCAUCUAUAAAACUUAAGGUUACAUCAGAAUUUCUCAUCCAAUACAAAUACACGCACUCCAUAGCAUGGAGAAAAAUAGGACCCAUAAGACUGUUGAUGAAAGUUAGUAGUUCCUAGUGUGUCAUAUCGAUAUAUGAAAUGUUCCUAUGGCAUUUUGUUAACCCAAAAGUCACUAUAUUAACAAUUACUGUUAUAAUAAAUCACUAGUGACUUAUUCAUUUAUGAACAAAAAAAAGUAAACAAGCAAAAUUAUUUUUUUAAAUAUUUUUUUUUAAAAACAAAAAACAAAGCUUAUUUAUGGGGAAGAACAAAAUAAUCAGUUACCAAUAAUUGAUUGACUAAUGGGUUAAUUGCUUAAUAUUUUGUUAGGUACAAUAAAUAAUUGUUUAAAGUUUUAACUUAAUCCAAGAAUGGUUAUGGGAGAAAUAACAUGUACAAUUAUUUAAGGGGACAAACCCAGCAUAUUUAACCAUAUUUGUGAAUACUGAAGCAUUAAUUUCUCUUGUUGGUACCAAACAAAAUAUAACCAGUAUUUAAUUGACUAAUUGAUUAAUUUUUUUAAUUGAUUCAUUUAUUGUCUAUGCCAAUGAAUAAUUGUACAAAGUUUCAACUUGAUUUGAGAACUGGUGUGGGAAAAGAAUGUGUUCAAACUUGAGCAGACAGACAGUGAGUUGAUGUACGCUUUGUAAGAAGAAAGUGCUGUUGUAAUUAAAAUUUAACCUUAGGUUUGUGGUGCUAAAAAUUUCAAAAUCUUCCUUAUUUACCUGCAUUGCAUGCCAAACACCCAUAGAGGCUUCCUAAGAAUGGUAGUAAAGAAAGUUUCUUCCAGAUACCCCUACCAUACUUGUAGAUAAAAGAGAGUGGACCAGAUGAAAAUGAGCAUAUAUAUACUUUUUUAUUAUUAUUAUAACACUUAAAAUGUUUCUCUUGUGUAAUUUUAUAGUCUUUCAAAGUAUUGUAAUAAUUAAAACAAUAUUUUUAUGUAAGCAAUAUAUGAUUUUAUACCUCCAUUUUUAAAUUACAAGUAUUAAUGUAAAUGUUCAUUUUAUUUAUAUGUAUGCCACAUUGUGUCUUCAUACCUAUGCUUAGUGGCUAAUUCCAUUUAUACAAUCUUCAAAGAUUUUAAAAUAGGUUUUUAAUGAUUAAUGACAAUAAAUAAAACCUUUUUUUUCAAAAA